AUGACUGCCGCGCACACCAACGGACACGCUGCUGCCAACGGGCACGCCGAGGCGUACCCCGCCUCUGGCUACCCCCGCUUCCAGAGCGACGCGCGGUACAAGAAGCUUCCCCAGCUCGAGGGGCGCCUCAAGUCGUUUGUCGGCGGCUACUAUGCCAAGAACAACCUCUCGUCGCUGCUCGUCGCCCACCGUCACGACGACGAGGCCCACGUCAAGCUCGAGAGCUGGUCCGCCCCGGGCCACUCGAAGCCGCUGUGGGCCGAGGCCGUCAAGCAGGUGUACAAGCCCGCGAAGAAGGGCCAGGACUUUGGGCCAGACUGGAGCAACCACUGGUUCAAGGUGACGGUGCACAUUCCCAAGCAGUACGCCGACUAUGAGCUUGUCUACCUCGAGUUCGACUCGACAGGCGAGGCCAUGGUGUUUGACGAGGAGGGAAACCCGUACCACGGCCUCACGGGCGGCACCAACGUCGACCGCCGCGCCGAGUUUAUCAUCCCCGAGGCGCACCGCAAGGCCGGAGUGGGCCACUACUGGAUCGAGGCGAGCUGUAACGGCAUGUUUGGCGUGCACGACGACAUGUUCGGCGAGAUGGAGGGCGACGACGAGAUGCACGAGAAGAAGUGGGUCCUCAAGUUCGCCGACCUCGUCGUGCCCAACCAGGAGGCCGUGCGGCUCAAGUGGGACUUUGAGUUCCUGCGCCAGCUCGGCUCCCAGCUCCCAGAGGACUCGGCGCUCGCGCAGACGGCCAACUUCACCGCCAAUGAGAUGAUGAACGUCUUCCGCAAGAACGACCUCGAGAGCGUCGCGGCCACCCGCAAGGUUGCUGAGAACACACUCGGCAAGGACUGGCAGGCGAGGAUUAUCAAGGACAGCGACGAGGUGGAGGCGCAGCAGGGCACGCUGUGGGCUAUCGGGCACUGCCACAUCGACACUGCCUGGCUCUGGCCAUUCAGCGUGACUCAGCAGAAAUCCGCGCGCUCCUGGUCGGCCCAGUGCGACCUGAUGGACAGGUACCCCGAGUACGUGUUCAGCGCGACUCAGCCCCAGCAGUUCAAGUGGGUCGAGCAGCUGUACCCUACGCUGUUCACGCGCAUCCUUGAGAAGGUCAAGACCGGCCGCUUCCAGCCGCUCGGCUGCACGUGGGUCGAGAUGGACACCAACAUGCCCUCGGGCGAGGCGCUCGUCCGCCAGUUCCUCUACGGCCAGCGAUACUUUGAGAAGCGCUUCGGCAAGCGCUCGAGCACGUUUGUGCUCCCCGACACUUUCGGCUACUCGAGCCAGCUGCCCCAGAUCUGCCGACUGGCCGGCGCGCCCAACUUCUUCACCCAGAAGAUCUCGUGGAACAACAUCAACUCGUUCCCCCACUCGACGUUCAACUGGGCGGGUCUCGACGGCUCGCAGGUGCUCACGCACAUGACGCCUGUCGAGUCGUACAACUCGCAGGCGGACGUCGAGGAGAUCCGCCGCGCCAUCACGCGCCACAAGAACCUCGACGCGACCAAGCACGCGCUGCUCAUCUUUGGCAACGGCGACGGUGGAGGCGGACCCACGGCGCCCAUGCUCGAGAAGGUGCGCCGUACGCGCGCAGUGGUCAACAACCGGCCCGACGCGGCGGGUAUCCUGCCUCUCAUCAAGAACGGCGGCUCGUUUGAAGAGUUCUACGAUGCCGUGCGCGCCGAGACCAAGAACGGCUCCACGCUGCCCAUCUGGCACGGCGAGCUCUACCUCGAGAUCCACCGCGCGACGUACACGUCCCAGGCGAUGGUGAAGAAGGGUAACCGCAAGAGCGAGAACCUGCUCCGCGAGGCCGAGUACGCCGCGACGCUUGCCACGCUCGCCGACAAGUCGUACGCCUACCCCAAGGAGCGGCUCGACGCGGCGUGGGAGGACCUGCUGCUCUGCCAGUUCCACGACGUGCUUCCCGGCUCGUCGAUCGACAUGGUCUACGACGACGCCGAGGAGAUCUACGCCAAGCUCCACCGCACCAUCACUGCCGUCAUUGAGGAGGCCUAUGCCGUCGUGUACGCCGGCACGAGGGCGCUCGAGGCCGGCGACAAGGCCGCCGACAUCGUCGUCGUCAACACGCUCCCUGGCGUUGCGCGCGAGGAGGUCAUCAAGGUCGGCGACGAGUACGUGCUCGUGUCUGCCGACGGCACCGACGACAUUGGCAAGCCCGCGCAGUUUGAGGGCGCCGGUGCGACCGCCAAGCAGGUCGCCGAGGACGAGUACGAGCUCGCCAACUCCUCCGUCAAGGUCACCAUCAAGGGCGGCCGUAUCACCUCUAUCGUCGAUGUCCAGCUGAAGAAGGAGCUCAUCCCGGAGGGCCAGUCGGCCGGGCUGAUCAUCUACGAGGACCAGCCCAACUACUGGGACGCGUGGGACGUCGACUACUUCCACGUCGAGAAGUCGCAGCACCUCAAGUUUGACACGGUCUCGGUCGGCUCAGCCAAGGGGCUGCGCGCGAGCCUGCUCGUGUCGACGACGUACGACAAGAGCCAUAUCGAGUUUGAGAUCUCGCUGGAUGCCGUCGCUGCGUCUGUCAACGCCGACGCGCGCAGCCUCAUCCGCGUUGACGCGACCGCCGACUGGCGCCAGAAGCACGAGUUCCUCAAGUUUGAGCUGCCGCUCGACAUCCACAACGACGUCGCCACGUACGACACGCAGUUUGGCGUGCUUACCCGCCCGACACACCGCAACACGUCGUGGGACGCGGCUAAGUUUGAGGUGUGCGCGCACAAGUUUGCCGACCUCAGCGAGUUUGGCUACGGCGUCGCCCUCCUCAACGACUGCAAGUACGGGUACGCGACGGCCGGCAAUGUCGUCACGCUGUCGCUGCUCCGCGGCCCGCGCAUGCCCGACCCCGACACGGACAUGGGCGCGCACGCGUUCAGCUUUGGCAUCUACCCCCACGUCGGCACGUUUGCCGAGAGCGACGUGCCCCACGUCGCGGCGGCGUUCAACAACCCGCUCAAGGUGCGCGCUGGUGCGAGCUCCGCCCGCACGCCCAUCACCGUUACUGGUGCGCGUAAUGUCGUGCUCGAGACGAUCAAGCGCGGCGAGGACAACGCGGACAAGACGAUCAUCGUCCGUCUGUACGAGCAGUUCGGUGGCAAGGCCAACGCCACGCUCCGCCUCCACGGCCUCAAGGUGUCCAAGGCCGAGGUGGUCAACCUCCUUGAGGACCACGUCGAGGACCUCGAGAUUGUCGGCGGCGACGCGAUUGCGCUGCCAUUCCGCGGGUUCGAGAUCAAGAGUGUUCGCCUGACGCUGUAG